AUGUCUCAAGCGUUUGAAUCUAUCUUUCCUCCAUCCGUCCUUGAUUACGAACUACAACUUGCCGGUGGACUCAAAGGAUUCACAAGAUGGACAUGUUAUGGAGCUAUAAUCUGUGCUAUCACACAUUUCACUUGGCCAGGAUUCCGACGACAAACAUUAGGUUUAAAAGCUUUUCUCACUUCAUCAGCCGGGAUAUUCGGUCUUGUCAUAGGUGCAGAUGAGAAUUUACUCAAAUAUGAAUCCGGUAUCAGAGCGGCUGAAAAUGAAAUACGAAGAAAAGCUCGGAACGCCUUAGCUUUGGAAGGGAAAAUAGCUACAGAAGGAGAAAUAAGACGGUGGAGGGAUGAACAAGAACGUAAUAGUCCACCACCAUUAGUAGAGACUGAUAGUCCGUAA